GAGUCGUCCUUCUCCCGCAGAAAGCGAAGCCUGUCGGGGACACAUGAGUGUGGUAGCUGCCUGACACUCAACACUAUGCGGCUCUAGCAGUUCCAAAGGGCUUCAUUUCACAUUUUAUCCACCUCGGCUAAUCCCUGAUGGUGUUGGGCUGUCAGUCUAGGCAUGUCGGCGUAACUUCCGCAACUAGCUCGAUGGUUAGCUCGCUUAGCUGAUUGGCGUCCCCCUCCUGCAGACAUUCCAUUCCAAACAAAAGCCCCUCCAAUUCCAAGCAUCUUCACGGUCGACCGAAUUGAAAACAGCAGCGAAAUGGACAACAUUUUGGGCAGUAUCAGUCCGGUCGGCGCCGUUUCCAGAAGCAGGCCUGACGACAUCCCCGGCCUUUCCUGCAGGUCUUUGUCGGACGCGAACAUCCAUUCGGCUCACCGCAAGAAGCUCUUCUCCUCAGGACCGACGGCGGUCCUCUCGCCUAUCACCAACUUGGCCAUGGACAUGGACAAACUAGUAGGACUGGGAAGCGAAUUCGACACACCGAAGAGGAAGAAGCAUGCUCGCCUAGAAAAGGUCCCCUCUUUUGCCUCAGACGUCUCCUCUGACGCUGGCCUCGGCAUGGAUACCCCCAGCCCUACGGAUGCCCUGGAAAUGGAUGAAAGUUUUGAGAAGGCCAUUCAACAGUCCAGCAGAGUCAGAGACAAGAUGCCAAUUCGACGAAACAACUCGUUACCACUGCAUCUCCUGUGCUUCAGCCCGUCUCUGAAGGGAUCCGAAACUGAAUCUCAUCACUACGGAACAUUUGGCCAAUCGCUCGCCCACAUCAACGUGCCCUCGUCCUCUCAAUGUGACAAGGAGAAUAAUGCUCAGGAGUGCUUUGAGUUCAAGAAACCAACCAAGCCUGUGUCCCGCUGCCGCCUGCAUUCCUGCAACAGCGGGCAGUCAAAGGACGCAUUUGCCCUCCGCCCCAACUCCGCGCCGGCCCUCUUGCUGUCCUUGCCUACUCCUGUGCAGAAGCUGGAAUUCAAUGACAGCAGCCCCUUGUACCUCAGACGUUCCUCUCUCACCUCUGUGCUCGACGAUGACGACGACGACGGCUUUCUGGAUGUGCUGGAUGACCACAUGGAUAACGCCAUGGACAUGCCAAAGGGAAUGGACAGUCUGCUGACAGCACCCCUUGUUGCUGACAGCUUGGGAGAAGAUCCACCUGUGAACGGCUGGCGACGCCGCAACCUCUUCCGCUCCCCUUCCAUGCCCAACCCAGUGUCCCGCACUUCUGGGAAACGUUCUGACUGCCACAGAGACGACGGUACGCCUGUGCGGGUGAAGCGGCGCCGCAGCCUGGCCAGAUAUGAGGUCGCCGCACCGGAGCAAGAUGCCCACUCCCCAAAGGCGGCUUGCUUGAAGCUGCAGAGAUCCAAAUCCUGCCAGAUGGAGAUCGAGAAAAUGCUCGACAUUGACGUGUCUGCCCAGCUAAUCGGAGACUUUACCAAACCCUUGGCCUUGCCAACAGUGGAUGGCCACCAUCAGGACCUCAAAUACGUGACAUCGGACACAGUGGUUUCGGCUAUGACUGGUAAAUUCAGUCAACUCGUCGAACGGGUCGUCGUCAUUGACUGCCGCUACCCUUACGAGUACGACGGAGGGCACAUAAAGGGCGCUUUGAACCUGUACCUGGAGGAACAGGUGCAGGACUUCCUGCUGCGCACUCCCAUGAUCCCGUCCUGCCCAGACAAACGCAUCAUCGUCAUCUUCCACUGCGAGUUCUCAUCCGAGCGCGGGCCGCGGAUGUGCCGCUUUGUGCGGAAGCAGGAUCGCACCAUGAACGACUAUCCUGAACUCUACUACCCAGAACUCUACAUUCUGAAAGGAGGGUACAAGGAAUUCAUCCUGCUUUUCAAGACACAAUGUGAGCCCGAGGGCUACCGGCCCAUGAAGGACCAGGAUUUCCGGGAGGACCUGAUGAAGUGCCGUCUGAAGAGCCGCUCCUGGGCUGGCGAGCGCAGCAAGCGAGACAUGUACAGUCGGCUGAAGAAGUUCUGAGUGCCAUGCCCCCUUCCCCCCAGGAUGAGACUGGACCUAUUUGCCAAAAUGUGGGAUUUUGUCAACCGCUUUCAAUUUGGGCGCGGCGGGUCUUGGGAGAACUGCUGAAUAAAGACCCCAAGGUGUGUUCAAUG